AUGCAGGGCCAGACACCGAUUCAAGGCAGCGGCGGCGAACCGGGCCUGGACUGGAUGCGCUGCGGCGGCGGCGGCGGGGUGCAGGGCCUGGUUUGGGUGCGGGUCGGCGGCCGCGGACAGCAGGACCUGGCGCGGAUUCACGGCGGCCGCGAGCCGAGCCUGGAGUGGAUGCGCUGCGGAGCCGGCGGCGGAGUGCAGGGCCUGGCUCGGGUGCGCGGCGGCGGCGGCCGCGGGCCGCAGGGCCAGGCGCCGAUUCAAGGCGGCGGCCGCGAGCCGGGCCUGGAGUGGAUGCGCUGCGGAGGCGACGGGGUGCAGGGCCUGGUUCGGGUGCGCGGCGGCGGCCACGGACCGCAGGGCCAGGCGCCGAUUCAAGGCGGCGGCCGCGAGCCGGGCCUGGAGUGGAUGCGCUGCGGAGGCGACGGGGUGCAGGGCCUGGUUUGGGUGCGCGGCGGCGGCCACGGACCGCAGGGCCAGGCGCGGAUGCGCUGCGGAGGCGACGGGGUGCAGGGCCUGGCUCGGGUGCACGGCGGCGGCCACGGACCGCAGGGCCAGGCGCGGAUGCGCUGCGGAGGCGACGGGGUGCAGGGCUUGGCUCGGGUGCACGGCGGCGGCCACGGACCGCAGGGCCAGGCGCGGAUUCAAGGAGGCCGCCGUGAGCUGGACCUGGAAUGGAUGCACUGUGGCGGCGGCCGGGUGCACGGCGAGGGCGGACAGCAGGACCUGGCGCGGAUUCACGGCGGCGAGCAAGGCCUGGAGUGGAUGCACUGCGGCGGCGGACCGGUGCAGGGCCUGGAUCGGGUGCGCGGCGGCGGCGGACAGCAGGGCCUGGAUCGGGUGCGCUGCGGCGGCGGCGGCGGACAGCAGGGCCUGGAUCGGGUGCGCUGCGGCGGCGGCGGCGGACAGCAGGGCCUGGAUCGGGUGUGCUGCGGCGGCGGCGGCGGCGGCGGCUGGGUGCAAGGCCUUGCUCGGGUGCGCGGUGAUGGCCGACAGCAGGGUCUGGAUCCUGUGCGCGGCGAUGGCGGACAGCAGGGCCUGGAUCGGGUGCGCUGCGGCGGCGGCGGCUGGGUGCAAGGCCUAGCUCGGGUGCGCGGCGAUGGCCGACAGCAGGGUCUGGAUCGGGUGCGCGGCGGCGGCGGCGGAGAGCAGGGCCGAGCUCCGGUGCUUCACCUGGCGCGGACCCACGGCGGCGGCGGCCGCGAGGAAGGCCCGGAGUGGUUGCACGGCGGUGGCUGA